AUGAUUGCCAAGGUCAGCGUCCUCGCUGCUCUGACAGCUACGCUGUCUGCUGUCAAUGCCCAGACCUUCCACAGGCUGGGUACCUGCCCGACCCUGGGUUGCAUUCUGCCCCCGGAUCAGCAAGACUUCUUGCCGGGCCAGUACUUCGAUCUCCGUUUCGAGGUCCACGCCCCCGUGAACGGCUCGGAGGCCUUCAAUAAGGGUGUCCCGGAUGAGAAGUUCACCGGCACCAUCACCAAAGACGGUGGCUCGCCCAAGAACAUCGCCGACUACUUCAAGGUCAGCGAGCCCCAGCUGGAGAAGUGGACCUUCUCCUGGUACGAGGACCUGUUCGCCCGCGAUGCCAAGAACAAGACCAUCGUCAACGCCGCCUCCAAGAUCUACCGCCGCAUCGCCCUCAACGAGCCCGGCACCUACAAGAUCAAGCUGAACUACUACAGCAACAAGACCACCGAGGCCACCUGGGUCGUCCGCCCUAUCGCCAAGACCAAGAAGGCCAAGAACAUCAUCUUCUUCAUCGGUGAUGGCAUGACCACCAACAUGAUCACGGCUGCCCGCCUGCUUGCCCACAAGUCCAUCAACGGCAAGUACCAGACCAAGUUUGCUCUGGACCAGAUGCCCGUCAUCGGCCAUCAGAUGACCCACUCCAUCGACAGCUUCAUCACUGACAGCGCCAACUCCGCCUCUGCCCUGUACAGCGGCCACAAGUCCACUGUCAACGCCAUGGGCGUUUACGUCGACUCGUCCCCCGACUCGUUCGACGACCCCAAGGUCGAGACCAUUGUUGAGAUCAUCACCCGUCUCUGGGGCUCCGCCUGGGGUGCCGUCUCCACUGCCUUCAUGGCCGAUGCUACCCCCAUUGCCCUGGCCACCCACACCCGCACUCGCGGCAUGUACGGCCCUCUCAUUGACCAGAUGCUGAACGGUGUCACCAACUACACCUGGACCAAGAUGAACGGCCCCGACGUCUUCUUCGGUGGAGGUGCUGAGCAGUUCCUGCCCGGCUCUGGCUCCUAUCAGGGCAAGGACUACUACGACGCGUUUGCCAAGAAGGGAUACACCGUCUCUCUGAACAAGACCUCUCUCCUGAAGGCCGAUGACUCCAAGAAGGCCCUUGGUAUCUUCUGCACUGGCAACCUGCCUGUCUGGCUGGACCGCAACAUUUUCCCCGACAACCUCAAGAAGCUCAAGAACGAUCCCUCGGGCAACAAGUCGGCCGCCCUUGACCUUCCCGGCCUCAAGGAAAUGACUCUCAAGGCCAUCGACGUCCUCCACAAGCGCGGCGGAGAUAAGGGCUUCUUCCUUAUGUCCGAAGCCGCCAGUAUAGAUAAGCAGAUGCACGCAUUGGACUACUCUAGGGCUCUCGGUGAUCUCAUGGAGCUGGACGAUACUCUGAAGGCGACGAUCGAGAAGCUUGAGAAGAUUGGUGAGCUCAACAACACCCUGAUCGUCGUCUCGGCCGACCACGGCCACGGUUUUGAUGUCUUCGGUAACGCGGACACCAAGUACUUGGCUGCGCAGAAGGAUGACCGCAAGAAGCGUGAUGCCGUGGGCGUCUAUGCCAACUCUGGUCUUUCCGGCUACCAGAUGGAGCAGCCCGGCAUCAGCUACAACACGGGUGCCAACUUCCCCGUCAACUGGGACCCCCGCUACGCCAUCGCCCCCGGCUUCGGCGCCAACCCUGACCACCGCGAGAACUACCGCGUCAACAAGAGCCCCCGUGUGCCGGCUGUUGACGGCCUUCCCGGCUUCGGCAAGGACAACUACUUUGUCAACCCCGCGGACAACACGGACGGCUUCAUCGUCAACGGCACCCUCCCGACCGAGGAGGCCCAGGGCGUCCACUCGCUGACCGACGUCCCCGUGUACGCCCGCGGUCCCUGUUCGGACCUCUUCCAGGGCACCUACAACAACAUCGACAUCUUCUACAAGAUGGCCGAGUGCUUUGGUCUGGGCCAGCCGUCCCACGGAACCGGCAACGGCACUUCCCCUGGCUGCAAGAAGCACUAA